AUGGCCGGGCAGCCUCCGCGCUCCGACCGGAAGAUGCCACCGCGCGCCGCGGGGCGCGCCCGACGCCGGAAGCGGCGGCUGCAGCCCCCGACCUGGGAGAUCUCGGAUUCGGACACCGAGGGCCCCGCAGGCGAGGAGGCCGCCGCCAGGGUCCGGGACCCGGCGGAGGAGCGCAGGGCGGCGGCCGAGGUGCUGCGGCGGCUGCGGCCCGAGCAAGCCGUGCGGCGCCUGGCGGUGCUCGUGGACCCAGCCAUUCUGGAAGAUGCCGGUGCCGACAUCCUGAUGGAGGCUCUGGACGCCCUGGGCUAUGAGUACCGCGUGGAGCCCGAGCGCCCUGCCUGGAGCCUCAGGUGGAGCAGAGUGAAGCCAGACCCUUGCCCCUUCAGUGUGCUUCCUGAGGUGUGGGCUGCGGAUGAGCAGGACCGGCUGCUGCUGCUGGAGCCUGAGGAGUUUCUGCAGGGCGUUGUCUAGCUGACCCAGACAUGUGGCCCAACCUGUUCUGUGCCCUGGAUCACUCCUGAGAGCCCUGCCUGCCUCCACCUGGCUGUCAUUGGGCUGGAUGUUUACCUGUGGUCUUACCAGUCCAGCACCCAGGAGAUAUGGCAGCCAGAGCGUCCAGCGGUGGCUCGUGCCAAGGUGGCAGUUGGCUGGCCCGAGGUGGAGGAGGCCCUGGUGCUCCUGCAGCUCUGGGCAAACGUGGAUGUGCUGUUGGUGGCCUCCUGGCAGGAGCUGAGUCAGCAUGUGUGUGCCUUCACCAAGGCCCUCACCCAGCGUCCCUUCAAGCAGUCCCGGGAGUCUGGGGCCUUUUCCUUCUGCACCACCGGGCGCUGGGCAGCAGCCGAGAAGGUGGCAAGAGAUGGCACCGGCCUGCGGGGGGCCUGGUGGCAGCAAAUCAGGCAGUUCAACUGCGUCAGCCCGGCUGUGGCCAAUGCUGUUGUCGCCGCCUUCCCCUCCCCCUGCCUUCUGCAACAGGUGUACGUGGCCUGUGGCAUGGAGCAGGAGCACCUAGCCCUCCUGGCUGACCUCCCUGUGAAGAUGGGCGAGGAUGUGCGACCCCACAGGGUGGGACCUGACCUUUCCCGCCGCAUCUGCCUCUUCCUGAUGACCACCAACCCCGACCUCCUGCUGGACCUGGGCUCCUGACCACGC